CUAGUAUAAUUAGUGAAUAGUGGUGUUGGCCCGCGCACGCUCACAACAUACCCUCGCAUCAGUACAAUUAGGAAAAUUUAUAUUAUUUUUAACAUUUUAUAACAAGGUGUUAUGUCUUGUGGAAGUUAGCGAUGAACACGUUAAAGUGACGUGAAUGAUUUACUUACUUAAAUUAGACUUGAAAUUAGUCAGAUAGUUCAAAAAGAAUAUCCCCGGAUGUCACGUGAACCUUGUCACCGUUCUCACCGCAUCCAAUACAUAAUUACUUGUUGAACAUUCGAUUGACAAACGCGCAGCCCUGACCUAAUACUUUCUAUCGAGACUAUAUUUUUUUUGUUGUGCUGAGAGCCCUCGGGCUUCGCCCCGUUCAGUGCGCUCUAGUACUCCGAGGCACUCAACAACUGAAACUGUGUCCGAAAUUUAAGUUUUUUAAAGUUUUGCAAGAAAGUGAAUUAUUUUAUACUUCAUUAAUUUGAUUUAUUACGGUGUCAAUGGAUUUCAGUCUUCUACGAUGAAGAAGUGUCGUCAUGUGAUAAAAAUCAAGACCUGAAAAAAGAAACUUGUGAACCAGUCGGUGUCGGUAUCCUUGCGUGAGGUUUUUCCACCACCCCGCCUAUCUUGGCGUACAAUUGCGACUUGACCACAUGUCCGAGGGUGGGAGGCGAUACUCCAGUAGUGAUUUAUCUGGGCCUCGGUAAAUACUCUGUGGGCCGUGAGUGCUGGUUGGUCUGACUGUUUUUAACAGUGUCGGUUCAUUCCUAAUGAUAUAAGAUAUUAUGCGCGCUUAUUAAGUGUUAUUCUGACAGAAGAGUUUAAUGAAUAUAAAGAGAAGCUCAGCGACAACUAAGUGUAGGGUCGCCCGGUGGGUAUCACACGUGAGUGAGAAAGAGUGGAGGUCCAAUUCCGGACGCGAUUAAUUAUUUGCCACAACUCUGCAGUACGGCUCUGCCUGGCUGAACAAUUCAAGCUGUUGAAGUCGCGGCGUGAAGUACUAGACCCCCAAAAUUAAACCUGUGAAAUUUAUAAAUCCGUGAUUACUUGUGGCCGUGCGUAUAUUAAGUUCACUCAUGUAGAAACCAUCGUAUUGACUAUUUCUACGGAUAUGCAAAAAUGCGACUGGGUUGAGGGCUCAAAUGAGAGUUAUAUAUAAUGUAGAAUCGUUAUUAUGAGAUAUACAAGAAACGAUUGGAAAGUGUCCAGAAACGGUUUCUAUGAAACUUGUCUUACAACUACAAUCUGGGUAGAAAGUUACCCGGCUAUGAAUAUUGACUUCACCACUUUAAUUUAGAUUCUCUUCUUAGUCGGAGGAAACUAAUGGGGGUAUAUUUCUAAACAAAUUAAUCCAUGGAAUAACCGACACACCUAAUUUCUUAACCCAGAUAAAAAUAUCAGCCCCUAAGAACCUACCAAGAACGAAGAAAUAUAAACCGUUUAUAAGAAAGCCCGUUCGUUCGAAUUUAGGUGCUUACGAAGUCGUUGUGGCCUAAAGGAUAAGACGUCCGGUGCAUUCGUAUGUAGCGAUGCACCGGUGUUGGAAUCCCGCUGGCGGGUACCAAUUUUUCUAAUGAAAUACGUACUCAACAAAUGUUCACGAUUGACUUUCACGGUGAAGGAAUAACAUCGUGUAAUAAAAAUCAAACCCGCAAAAUUAUAAUUUGCGUAAUCACUGGUGGUAGGACUUGGGAGUCCGCACGGGUAGGUACCACCACCCAGCCUAUUUCCACCGUGAAGCAGUAAUGCGUUUCGGUUCGAAGGGUGGGGUAGCCGUUGUAACUAUACUUGAGAUCUUAGAACUUAUAUCUCGAGGUGAGUGGCGCAUUUACGUUGUAGAUGUCUAUGGGCUCCAGUAACCAUUUAACAUCAGGUGGGCUGUGAGCUCGUCCAUCCAUCUAAGAAAAAAAAAUAAAAAAAAAUUACUCGCCCUUGAACAGAAUCCUUUGGGACUACAAUAACGUCCACGGUAGCGCGGUCUCCGUCAAUGUUCGUUCAGAGUUGUCCGAUUGCGCUGAACUAAUUUUAAGUCAAAUAGAUGAUCUUUCUAAUUGUCUUAUAUUGUUCCUACAACUUAUAAGAAAAAUUUGUCGCGGUUAAUUUUCCAAUUAAAUAUAAAUUAUUCUUAAGCAAUCAAUCAAGUGUAUGUAAUCAAAUCUUAGUUAUAUAUUUUAUCUAUUUUUUGGACGUGGAUGGAGUGUGUGCAUGACGAUAUGAGAGAGAGAGAGAGAGAGAGAGAGGAGUGAGUGUUAAGCUCACGGCUUAUAGAAGAGAAUGGAAGAGAAAAAUUAGCUGUGCCGACCCCACUUAAUGGGAUAAGGUGAAGAAAAAGAAGAAGCGCCAUGAUCACAUUAGACUUAACACUGCGUUUUUCCCCCACCUUACCGUUGAUAUUCCCAUUCCACCUACUUGUUGACCGGUAGCUGAGCUCACAUGCUCAGCCUGAGAGAGCUUGCUAACACUGACCCUAGCAAGAGCUGUGCUUCGCUGCUUCUACCACUGGAUAGGAGUUGCGACUCACUGCUAAGAUCCGACGAAGAACUCAAGAUUCUCUACUAGUUAGUUAGUCGUAUUUGACAAGUUCGACGAGGAUGACGGUCGGUGCUCAAAGAGCUUGAAAAGUAACGCAUAUGCAAAUAAAAGUGUGCUAAACACAUUUUUAUACACAUACAUACAUAGCUGUGUGCGCCUGAACAUAUUGUUAAAGCAAUUGUUUGCACCGUUAUUACACGUUUCGAAAAUACCAUUAUUAUAAUAUUUAAUGCUUAUAAAUUUAAAAAAAAAUACUUUAUUUAAAGAUUUUUAUAUUUAACUUUUUAACAUUUUGAAUAAUAUCAUAAUCUUAGUUGAAAAGGCCUACUUGUUUAUUAUUAUACUCUGUUUAGUUUGUUUUGAUUUUUAUAAGUAUCUAGUGUAAUUUACUUUUGAUGUGUGAAAUGUGUAUGUGGAAUAUCGUUAUCUGAUAAAUAAAUGAAUUGAAUACGAAUGCCACAGCUAAGAAUUUUCAUUAUAAAGUAGAUCCAAAAACAUUAACCUAGGAUUAGUAGAUUUGAUUACAUCUACUAGUCACUAAGAGCAAAAGUAAUCACUGAAAGUUUAAGAGUUCUGCAAUUUAUUAUUUCAUAACAUUCACCUUCGUUGGGAGUGUGUGUGCGUGUGUGUGCGCGUGUGAUUGUACCAAACAUUAUUCGAUUCUUAGAUUAUUUGUUUGUUAAGUAUGUACUUAUUACAAAUUGAUUCACUUUGCAUUUUUUUUUAUUGCUUAGAUGGAUGGACAAGCUCACAGCCCACCUGGUGUUAAGUGGUUACUGGAGCCCAUAGACAUCUACAACGUAAGUGCGCCACCCAUACCGAGAUAUAAGUUCUAAGAUCUCAGUAUAGUUACAAUGUAUUCACGAUUGACGUAUAUCGUCUUCUCGCAUUAAAACUGUAUAAUCUCAAAACUUACUAAUUUUACAGGAGAGUGUUUUAUAUUAUUAUAAUGCUUAAAACAUGUGAUAUUUUCAAUAUUAAUCAUCUUUGCAACAUAUUUUUUUAUUUUUUCACAGUUACAUAUUAUCUGUCUUCUAAAGUAAGAUAAAAUUAUGUAUUAAUUUUGUUAAUAGUAGUCAAAACAUCGGUAAACGAAAAAAAAAAAAAAAAAAAAAAAAAAAAAAAAAAACUAAACUACGUUCUUUUGACAGAAGUUAUGAGAAAAAUACUGGUGAUACCAAAUGAUUACGCAUAUUAACUUAAUUUCGAAUAUUUUUGGAAAUUGUACACUUUCAAUGCGAAAAGACGAUAUGUGUUUAUGUUCAAAACAUAUUUUAUGUAAAUAUAUCACACAUAAUACGAAGAAAUGUAUUUUUGUCGCUUACCAGAAUAUAAAAACUGGUUUGCGAUCAUAAGGAUAAUGAUAGCCGUCAUCUCUUAUGACAAUUUAAUCAUUCCGAUUCAGGCACCCGUCGCGUGCUGACGUGCUCAUCGACCGUUCGAUUGCCCGACCUCGGUUCGGGGCACAUCUGGCGUCCAAGUGUUUUUCUCGGAAGUGACUACCUGUGCUAAUUGCGUCGCAUCGCCAUCUGUGAGCGGGCGGACCCCUAAAUUCCAGGAAUUCGUUCGGUAACUUAGUGGCCCGUUUGCAAGCGGACGGCUGUGUGCCGUAAUUAAUUGCGAUUAUUACAAUUUUUGGGGCCUCGCCGUAAGGCGAGUGUGUUUUUAAAGUCCCGGGGCAGCCCCCCCUGGGCACUCGUCUAUUAUAAUGGAGUCCACGGUCGAUCUGUUUGCAGAAUUUCUUCGCCUUAGGUACCCAACGCUAUCGGCAGAAUUUUUAGAAUUCAAGACCCAUCACGCAGCGAACUCGCCGGCGGUCUCUGUCGCUCCCGUCGCUCCUGCGUCGUCCAUCGCGGCCUCCAUCACGCCCGCCUAUCCCGUGUCCCCGAUACUCGCGCCCAAAACUUCUGCGUCGACCGUUGCAGCUUCCGCCUCAACCGUGCGUUCGUCGGCGACCUACGUUGCUUCCGUGCGUUCGUCCACAGCCUCCGUCGUGCCUGCGUCGUCCACUGCGCCCGCUAAAACACCCACCCGCAGGUCGCCCGCGCCCUCCUCAUCCGAUUCAGAGUCGGACAUGGAGGUCGACCAUUCCCCCGCCGCCACGACUGAUGGAUUCACAGUAGUCCAAAAAGGUAAAAAGCGCGCUGCGGAGGCCCGAGCUUCCGCGGCCGCUAAAGUAAGCAAAGCCGCGAACGCGUCGCGUCCCCGCCCUCCAACCCCCGUCGCUCCCGCUGUCCGUGCAACACCGUCGCCGCGUCCAGUGGCACAAUCUAAAACUCAGACCCCUCCCCCGGUAAUCCUUCAAGAGAAGGCAGCUUGGGACCGAGUUUCCCUGGCCCUUAAGGCCAAAAAUAUUAAUUUUGUCAGCGCCCGUAAUCUCGCUAACGGGAUUCAAAUAAAAGUAACGUCACCCGACGACCAUAGGGCCCUCUCAAGUUACCUCCGAAAGGAGCGUAUAAGCUUCCACACUUAUACGCUCCAGGAGGAGCGCGAACUUCGCGUUGUCAUACGUGGAAUCCCGAAGGAGCUAGAUGCUGAUCUCGUCAAGGCUGAUCUGAUAGAACAAGGCCUACCAGUAAAUUCCGUGCACCGCAUGCACACCGGCCGCGGUAGGGAGCCAUACAAUAUGGUUCUAGUCGCCCUCCAGCCUACCCCCGAGGGUAAGCACAUUUUUAACAUACGGACCGUCUGUAAGCUCUCCGGUAUCGCCGUCGAAGUCCCCCAUAAAAAAGGCACUCCUAGUCAGUGCCAUAACUGCCAACUGUACGGGCACUCUUCCCGUAACUGUCACGCGCGCCCCCGAUGUGUUAAGUGUUUGGGCGAUCACGCCACGGCCCUCUGUACUCGCGACCAGAAAACCGCCACCGAACCACCUAGCUGCGUCCUGUGCCGAACACAGGGUCACCCCGCGAACUACCGUGGAUGCCCCCGAGCUCCAAAAAUAAAUCGCCGCGUCGCCCGCCAAAACCGCCUCCGAGCUUCCCGCCCAGACAUCAAAGUCUCAGUACCCUCUGUGCCGAAGGCUAAGCCUGCCUUCGUGCCGGCGCCGGUGCCCAGCGGCUCGGCCUGGGCUAAACCGUUGCCGUACACGAACACGGCUGCAGCUCCUCCCUCCGCGAUUCGUCCCGCCCCCGCGAUUCGUCCCUCCCCCGCGAUCAGCACUCCGACCGCGUCCGAUAAUCUCGCUCUAGCGAUCGACUUUUUUCAGUCGAUCAACUUUGAGCGUGUUAACGCCUUGGGUGACGCCAUUCGCGCCGCCUCUACUGCACAACACUUCAUCGCUGUUGUGCAGGAAUACGCUGACGUAUACGCGUCGUUAAAUACGUACGUCCUCCCCUCACUCCGCCGGUAAUCAAUGGCGUACAUUAGUAGAAUAAAGCCCUUAUCCGUAACGAUAGGAUUUUUUAACGCUUACGGUCUCGCAAAUCAACGUGAUCAGGUUUGUGAUUUUUUGCGUGACCAUCAAAUUGACAUUUUUUUAGUGCAGGAGACCCUACUCAAGCCCGCGCGUCGCGACCCUAAAAUCGCGAACUAUAACAUGGUUAGGAACGACAGGCUCACUGCUCGUGGUGGUGGUACCGUCAUUUACUAUAGAAGAGCCCUGCAUUGCGUCCCGCUCGAUCCUCCCGCGCUCGCUAACAUCGAAGCAUCAGUGUGCCGAAUCUCACUGACGGGUCACGCGCCGAUCGUUAUCGCGUCCGUUUAUCUUCCUCCGGAUAAGAUCGUUCUAAGCAGUGAUAUCGAGGCGCUACUUGGCAUGGGAAGCUCUGUCAUUCUGGCGGGCGACCUAAAUUGUAAACACAUCAGGUGGAACUCACAUACCACAACCCCUAAUGGCAGGCGGCUCGACGCGUUAGUCGAUGAUCUCGCCUUCGAUAUCAUCGCUCCGCUAACCCCGACUCACUACCCGCUAAAUAUCGCGCAUCGCCCGGAUAUACUCGACAUAGCGUUAUUAAAAAACGUUACUCUGCGCUUACACUCGAUCGAAGUAGUUUCAGAGUUAGAUUCAGACCACCGUCCCGUCAUUUUGAAACUCGGUCGCGCUCCUGAUUCCGUUCCCGUCACGAGGACAGUGGUGGAUUGGCACACGCUGGGCAUUAGCCUGGCUGAAUCUGAUCCACCAUCGCUCCCGUUUAGCCCGGACUCUACCCCGUCUCCUCAGGAUACCGCUGAAGCCAUAGACAUCUUAACGUCACACAUCACCUCGACAUUAGAUAGGUCAUCGAAGCAAGUUGUAGCGGAGGACUUCCUUCACCGCUUCAAAUUGCCUGACGAUAUUAGGGAACUCCUUAGAGCUAAGAACGCCUCGAUCCGCGCUUACGAUAGGUAUCCUACCGUGGAAAAUCGUACUCGAAUGCGUGCCCUACAACGCGACGUAAAGUCUCGCAUCGCCGAAGUCCGAGAUGCCAGAUGGUCUGAUUUCUUAGAAGGACUCGCGCCCUCUCAAAGGUCUUACUACAGCUUAGCUCGUACUCUCAAAUCGGAUACGGUAGUAGCUAUGCCCCCCCUCGUAGGCCCCUCAGGCCGACUCGCGGCGUUCGAUGAUGACGAAAAAGCAGAGCUGCUGGCCGAUACAUUGCAAACCCAGUGCACGCCCAGCACUCAAUCCGUGGACCCUGUUCAUGUAGAAUUAGUAGACAGUGAGGUAGAACGCAGAGCCUUCAUUCCGAUAGAGGCACCCGUCACGUGCGGACGUGCUCAUCGUCCACUCGAUCGCCCGGUCUUUGUUCGCCCGGCUUUUGUUAGCCCGGCCAUUGUUCGCGCGGCCUGUGUUUGUGGUACAUCUGCCGACUAAGUGCUCUUUCUGGAAGUUUUUAUUUGUUUUGUUUCCUUUUGUUGUUUCUGUGUUCGUGGUACAUCUGCCGACAAAGUGGUUUCCUGCAAGUAUUUAUUUGUUUUGUUUCUUUUCGUAAUUUCUGUUUUGUUGUGCUUUUUCUUUGUCCUGUAGUAAUCGCGCCGCAUUGCCACCUGUGUUCAAUAGAACCGCUCAGGUCCGAGUAGUUGGGGCCUCGCCGCAAGGCGAGUGUUUUCAAGACCCGGGGCCGCCCCACCUGGGUACUCAGCGAUCAUGGACGCUGUAUUCGCGGAAUUCCUCCGACUUCGCCACCCACAGCUCGCCUCGGAGUUUUUGGCCUUCAAGGCCAAUCACACUGCGAGCCCUCUCGAGGACUCCGCCGCGCUCGCUGCUCCUGCGUCGCCUGUACCUGCGUGCAGAGCUUCUGCAUUGAGCACCGCAGCCUCUGUAGUGCCUGCCGCUCCCGUGUCGCCUAUACUGGCGAGAAAAGCUGCUGCGUCGUCCGCCGUGACCAUCGUUUCAGCUGAGCGAUCAUCCGCGGCCUCCGUCGCGCCCUCUAAAACACCUACACUUGCUCGUAGGUCGCCUGCACCCGCCUCCUCGUGCUCCGACUCUGACUCGGACAUGGAGGUCGACCUCGCCCCCGCCUCAUCGACGGAUGGAUUCACCCUGGUACAGAAGGGUAAGAAGCGUGCCGCGGAGUCUCGAGCUCCCGCGGCCGCUAAAAUUAGCAAAGCCGUGAACGCGUCGCGCCCCCGCCCUCAGACUCCCGUUGCGCCCCCAGCCCGUGCCACUCCGUCGCCGCGUCCGGUGGCACAAAAUAAAACCCAGACCCCUCCCCCGGUUAUCCUUCAGGAGAAGGCAGCUUGGGAUCGAGUUUGCCUGGCCCUUAAGGCCAAAAAUAUAAAUUUCACGAAUGCCCGUAACCUCGCGAACGGCAUUCAAAUUAAGGUUCAAACACCCGACGACCAUAGGGCCCUCUCUUCUUACCUCCGUAAGGAGCGUAUAAGUUUCCAUACGUAUACGCUCCAGGAGGAGCGCGAACUCCGCGUUGUAAUACGCGGAAUCCCUAAAGAGUUAGAUGUAGAGCUCGUAAAAGCCGACCUGUUAGAACAAGGCCUACCAGUGAAUUCUGUGCACCGUAUGCACACCGGUCGCGGUAGGGAGCCAUAUAAUAUGGUUCUAGUCGCUCUCCAGCCUACCCCCGAGGGUAAGAAAAUCUUUAACACACAGACCGUCUGUAGGCUCUCUGGUAUCGCUGUCGAAGCCCCCCAUAAAAAAGGCACUCCUAGCCAGUGCCAUAACUGUCAAUUGUACGGGCACUCUUCCCGUAACUGUCACGCGCGCCCCCGAUGUGUUAAGUGUUUGGGCGAUCACGCCACGGCCCUCUGCGCUCGCGACCAAAAAACCGCGACGGAACCGCCUAGCUGCGUCCUGUGUCGAACACAGAGUCACCCCGCGAAUUACCGUGGUUGCCCCCGAGCCCCUAAAAUAAAUCGCCGCGUCGCCCGCCAAAACCGCCUCCGAGCUUCCGGCCCAGACAUCAAAGCCUCGGCACCCUCUGCGUCGCAGGCUAAGCCAGCGUUCGUUCCGGCGGCGGUGCCCAGUGUCUCGGCCUGGGCAAAACCGCUGCCGUACACGAACACGGCUACAACUCCCUCCUCCGCGAUUCGUCCCGCCCCCGCGACUCGUCCCUCUCCCGCGACCUGCCCUCCGACCGCGUCCGACAAUCUCGCUUUAGCGAUCGACUUCUUUCAGUCGAUCAACUUUGAGCGCGUUAACGCUUUGGGCGACGCCAUUCGCGCUGCCUCCACUGCACAACACUUUAUCGCCGUUGUGCAGGAAUACGCCGACGUAUACGCGUCAUUAAAUACGUACGUCCUCCCCUCACUCCGCCGGUAAUCAAUGGCGUAUAUAAGUAGAAUAAAGCCCCUAUCCGUAACGAUAGGAUUUUUUAACGCUUACGGUCUCGCAAAUCAACGUGAUCAGGUUUCUGACUUUUUGCGUGACCACCAAAUUGAUAUCUUUUUAGUGCAGGAGACCCUACUUAAGCCCGCGCGCCGUGACCCUAAAAUCGCGAACUAUAACAUGGUCAGGAACGACAGGCUCUCUGCCCGUGGUGGUGGUACCGUCAUUUACUAUAGAAGAGCCCUGCAUUGCGUCCCGCUCGAUCCUCCCGCGCUCGCUAAUAUCGAAGCAUCAGUGUGCCGAAUCUCACUGACGGGACACGCGCCGAUCGUUAUCGCGUCCGUUUAUCUUCCACCGGAUAAGAUCGUUCUAAGCAGUGAUAUCGAGGCGCUGCUCGGUAUGGGGAGCUCUGUCAUUCUGGCGGGCGACCUAAAUUGUAAACACAUCAGGUGGAACUCACACACCACAACCCCGAAUGGCAGGCGGCUUGACGCGUUAGUCGAUGAUCUCGCCUUCGAUAUCGUCGCUCCGCUAACCCCGACUCACUACCCGCUAAAUAUCGCGCAUCGCCCGGAUAUACUCGACAUAGCGUUAUUAAAAAACGUAACUCUGCGCUUACACUCGAUCGAAGUAGUUUCAGAGUUAGAUUCAGACCACCGUCCCGUCGUUAUGAAGCUCGGUCGCGCUCCCGAUUCCGUUCCCGUCACGAGGACUGUGGUGGAUUGGCACACGCUGGGCAUCAGCCUGGCUGAAUCUGAUCCACCAUCGCUCCCGCUUAACCCGGACUCUAUCCCGUCUCCUCAGGAUACCGCUGAAGCCAUAGACAUCUUAACGUCACACAUCACCUCGACAUUAGAUAGGUCAUCGAAACAAGUUGUAGCGGAGGACUUCCUUCACCGCUUCAAAUUGUCCGACGAUAUUAGGGAACUCCUUAGAGCUAAGAACGCCUCGAUACGCGCCUACGACAGGUAUCCUACCGCGGAAAAUCGUAUUCGAAUGCGUGCCCUACAACGCGACGUAAAGUCUCGCAUCGCCGAAGUCCGAGAUGCCAGAUGGUCUGAUUUCUUAGAAGGACUCGCGCCCUCCCAAAGUUCUUACUACCGCUUAGCUCGUACUCUCAAAUCGGAUACGGUAGUAAGUAUGCCCCCCCUCGUAGGCCCCUCAGGCCGACUCGCGGCGUUCGAUGAUGACGAAAAAGCAGAGCUGCUGGCCGAUACAUUGCAAACCCAGUGCACGCCCAGCACUCAAUCCGUGGACCCUGUUCAUGUAGAAUUAGUAGACAGUGAGGUAGAACGCAGAGCCUCCUUGCCACCCUCUGAUGCGUUACCACCCGUCACCCCGAUGGAAGUUAAAGACUUGAUCAAAGACCUACGUCCUCGCAAGGCUCCCGGUUCCGACGGUAUAUCCAACCGCGUUAUUAAACUUCUACCCGUCCAACUCAUCGUGAUGUUGGCAUCUAUUUUCAAUGCCGCUAUGGCGAACUGUAUCUUUCCCGCGGUGUGGAAAGAAGCGGACGUUAUCGGCAUACAUAAACCCGGUAAACCAAAAAAUCAUCCGACGAGCUACCGCCCGAUUAGCCUCCUCAUGUCUCUAGGCAAACUGUAUGAGCGUCUGCUCUACAAACGCCUCAGAGACUUCGUCUCAUCCAAGGGCAUUCUUAUCGAUGAACAAUUCGGAUUCCGUACAAAUCACUCAUGCGUUCAACAGGUGCACCGCCUCACGGAGCACAUUCUUGUGGGGCUUAAUCGACCAAAACCGUUAUACACGGGAGCUCUCUUCUUCGACGUCGCAAAAGCGUUCGACAAAGUCUGGCACAAUGGUUUGAUUUUCAAACUAUUCAACAUGGGCGUGCCGGAUAGUCUCGUGCUCAUCAUACGGGACUUCUUGUCGAACCGCUCUUUUCGAUAUCGAGUCGAGGGAACCCGCUCCUCCCCACGACCUCUCACAGCUGGAGUCCCGCAAGGCUCUGUCCUCUCACCCCUCCUAUUUAGCUUAUUCGUCAACGAUGUUCCCCGGUCGCCGCCGACCCAUUUAGCUUUAUUCGCCGACGACACGACUGUUUACUAUUCUAGUAGAAAUAAGUCCCUAAUCGCGAAGAAGCUUCAGAGCGCAGCCCUAGCCCUAGGACAGUGGUUCCGAAAAUGGCGCAUAGACAUCAACCCAGCGAAAAGUACUGCGGUGCUAUUUCAGAGGGGAAGCUCCACACGGAUUUCCUCCCGGAUUAGGAGGAGGAAUCUCACACCCCCGAUUACUCUCUUUAGACAACCCAUACCCUGGGCCAGGAAGGUCAAGUACCUGGGCGUUACCCUGGAUGCAUCGAUGACAUUCCGCCCGCAUAUAAAAUCAGUCCGUGACCGUGCCGCGUUUAUUCUCGGUAGACUCUACCCCAUGAUCUGUAAGCGGAGUAAAAUGUCCCUUCGGAACAAGGUGACACUUUACAAAACUUGCAUAAGGCCCGUCAUGACUUACGCGAGUGUGGUGUUCGCUCACGCGGCCCGCACACACAUAGACACCCUCCAAUCCCUACAAUCCCGCUUUUGCAGGUUAGCUGUCGGGGCUCCGUGGUUCGUGAGGAACGUUGACCUACACGACGACCUGGGCCUCGAAUCAAUUCGGAAAUACAUGAAGUCAGCGUCGGAACGAUACUUCGAUAAGGCUAUGCGUCAUGAUAAUCGCCUUAUCGUUGCCGCCGCUGACUACUCCCCGAAUCCUGAUCAUGCAGGAGCCAGUCACCGUCGACGCCCUAGACACGUCCUUACGGAUCCAUCAGAUCCAAUAACCUUUGCAUUAGAUGCCUUCAGCUCUAAUACUAGGGGCAGGCUUAGGGACCCCGGUAACCGUACUCGUCGAACUCGACAAAGAGGUCGACGUGCAACCUAACCCAUGCAUCAGCCCGCUGAGUUUCUCGCCGGAUCUUCUCAGCGGGUCGCGAUUCCGAUCCGGUAGUAGAUUCAUUCGCGAAACAAUUGCUCUUGAGUUGUUAGGUCUCCUUCGGAGGCGCUCGGGCAGUUGUUAGCAAAUCCCACCCCUCUUGGCUGAGCCUUUGCUCGCCCACCUGUCCUGGUGAAACUGGAAAGGCCUUCGGGCCACCAGUAAACUUUCAAUCAUAAAAAAAAAAAAUAGCUAUGCCCCCCCUCGUAGGCCCCUCGGGCCGACUCGCGGCAUUCGAUGAUGACGAAAAAGCAGAGCUGCUGGCCGAUACAUUGCAAACCCAGUGCACGCCCAGCACUCAAUCCGUGGACCCUGUUCAUGUAGAAUUAGUAGACAGUGAGGUAGAACGUAGAGCCUCCUUGCCACCCUUGGAUGCGUUACCACCCGUCACCCCGAUGGAAGUUAAAGAUUUGAUCAAAGACCUACGUCCUCGCAAAGCUCCCGGUUCCGACGGUAUAUCUAACCGUGUUAUUAAACUUUUACCCGUCCAACUCAUCGUGAUGUUGGCAUCUAUUUUUAAUGCCGCUAUGGCUAACUGUAUCUUUCCCGCGGUGUGGAAAGAAGCGGACGUUAUCGGCAUACAUAAACCCGGUAAACCAAAAAAUCAUCCGACGAGCUACCGCCCGAUUAGCCUCCUCAUGUCUCUAGGCAAACUGUAUGAGCGUCUGCUCUACAAACGCCUCAGAGACUUCGUCUCAUCAAAGGGCAUUCUCAUCGAUGAACAAUUCGGAUUCCGUGCAAAUCACUCAUGCGUACAACAGGUGCACCGCCUCACGGAGCACAUUCUCGUGGGACUUAACCGACCAAAACCGAUCUACACGGGAGCCCUCUUCUUCGACGUCGCAAAUGCGUUCGACAAAGUCUGGCACAACGGUUUGAUUUUCAAACUUUUCAACAUGGGCGUACCGGAUAGUCUCGUGCUCAUCAUACGGGACUUCUUGUCUAACCGCUCUUUUCGAUAUCGAGUAGAGGGAACCCGCUCCUCCCCGCGACCACUCACGGCUGGAGUCCCGCAAGGCUCCGUUCUUUCUCCGCUCCUAUUUAGUUUAUUUGUCAAUGAUAUUCCCCGGUCGCCGCCGACCCAGCUAGCCUUAUUCGCUGACGACACAACCGUUUACUACUCAAGUAGAAACAAGUCCCUAAUCGCGAGUAAGCUCCAGAGUGCAGCGUUAACCCUCGGACAGUGGUUCCGAAAAUGGCGCAUAGACAUCAACCCAGCGAAAAGCACAGCAGUGUUAUUUCCAAGGGGAAACUCUCCGCUUAUUUCCUCCCGCAUUAGGAGGAGAAAUAUCACACCCCCGAUCACCCUCUUCGGCCAACCUAUACCCUGGACCAGGAAGGUCAAGUACCUGGGAGUAACCCUGGAUGCAUCCAUGACAUUCCGUCCGCAUAUAAAAACAGUCCGUGACCGUGCCGCAUUUAUUCUCGGUAGACUCUAUCCCAUGAUCUGUAAGCGGAGUAAAAUGUCCCUUCGGAACAAGGUGACACUUUACAAAACUUGCAUAAGGCCCGUCAUGACUUACGCGAGUGUGGUGUUCGCUCACGCGGCCCGCACACACAUAGACACCCUCUAAUCCCUGCAAUCCCGCUUUUGCAGGUUAGCCGUCGGGGCUCCGUGGUUCGUGAGGAACGUCGACCUUCACGACGACCUGGGCCUCGAAUCGAUCCGCAAACACAUGAAGUUAGUGUCGGAACGUUACUUCGAUAAGGCUAUGCGUCAUGAUAAUCGCCUUAUCGUUGCCGCCGCUGAUUACUCCCCGAAUCCUGAUCACGCAGGAGCAAGUCACCGUCGUCGCCCUAGACACGUCCUUACGGAUCCAUCAGAUCCAAUAACUCUUGCAUUAGAUACCUUCAGCUCUAACACUAGGAGCAGGCUGAGGAACCUCGGUAACCGUACUCGUCGAACUCGACAAAGAGGUCGACGUGCAACCUAACCCAUGCAUCAGCCCGCUGAGUUUCUCGCCGGAUCUUCUCAGUGGGUCGCGAUUCCGAUCCGGUAGUAGAUUCAUACGCGAAGCAAUUGCUCUUGAGUUGUUAGGUCUCCUUCGGAGGCGCUCGGGCAGUUGUUAGCAAAUCCCCCCCUCCUGGCUGAGCCUUUGCUCGCCCACCUGUCCUGGUGAAGCUGGAAAGGCCUCCGGGCCACCAGUAAUCUUUCAAUCAUAAAAAAAAAAAAAAAAAAAAAAACAAUUUAAUCUUCAAUAUUCUUGAGUAUUCUUUCUUUCACAUUCUGUGUUUUAUUAGUGGUUUUAUUCUUUAAUGUUUGACGAUUAAUGCCCUUAAAAUUCAAAAUCUUUUAAAAAGAGGAUUAAUUAUAUUAUUUAAUUAUGUAGGUAUAAGUCGUGAAAACAUCAAAUAAUACUUGUGAUUUACUUCGAUGCGACCGUACACAUCUAUUUCCUUCGUAAAAAAUAAACCUUCUAGAUUUCUGUAUGUAGGUAUUUUGUAUGAAUGUAGUUACUAGGUAUAUAUAUAUUUAGUAAAUCGCACCAUGUACCACAUAUAGGAUAUGUUCGUAGGAUGCUUUCCUAGGAAUUCUAGGAGCGUAGUUGUAAUUUAUUGAAGUGAAACUUCUUAAGGCGCGUUGAGAGUAAAAUGUAACUCGCAGCAGAUUCGUUACGGCUAGAGAGAAAAGAUACAAUUUUGGAAGAGCGAGAGUGAGAAAAUAGAGCAUCUCGCGAACCACUCGACCGUGGAGAGAGGGAAAGAACAAAAAAAGCUAGGUUGUUUCUCUUAUACACUACAUUCCUAUUACAAGAGAAAUUUGAUGUAAGGAUGAAAACUGAAGAAAAUCACAAUACUACACAAGAAGUUUCACCAAGCACCAAGUUGCACGCGUAUAAUUUUUUUUGAAGUUUUGAUUACCUCAUUGAAUUAUUUCAAACAGUAAGCUGUCUAAGCUCCAAAACAAAUGGAAUACAAUGAGAGUAAUAUCUGUGGAGUACGGUGGAUGACGGAGAAUUUUCGGAUAGAAAUAACCUACAUUUGAUUUUGAGAAUUAUGCCCUUUGUAAUAUUUCAAU